ACAGCGCCUUCUGUGUCAAUGACCAAUCAACAGGCAGCAGCCUGUCAGUGACGUUUCAGCAUGCGCCGGAAGUGUUGGGCAUGACUUUCCAUCAGGAGCUGCAGGCCGCGGAUAGAUCAGACAAAAUGCGGUUUUUAGAGGCAUAAUAGCGGAUUUGUCUCAUGACAGGACCGCGCAGCUCCGCUUGAGGCCGCUGGAUGGAGAAACAGCAAAUAUGGCGAGCUAACCGGGUUGUGCAGGAGAGGAGCGAGUGUGUGUGCGUGUGAUUUUGUGUGUAAGGUCACCGGCGGCAAUGAUGGAACAGAAGCGCAACAUUCAGAUCAUUGAAUGGGAAGAUCUGGACAAGAGGAAGUUCUACUCGCUGGGCGUCUUCAUGACCAUGACCACACGGGCCACCGUCUACCCGUUCACCCUGAUCCGCACCAGACUGCAGGUCCAGAAGGGGAAGUCGCUCUAUAACGGCACCUUCGACGCCUUCUGGAAGAUUCUGAAGGCCGAGGGGGUGCGUGGCCUUUAUCGAGGGUUCAUGGUCAACACGUUGACGCUUAUCUCAGGUCAGGCCUACAUCACUACCUACGAGCUGGUACGGAAAUACGUGUCCUGUUACUCGUCCAAUAACACGGUCAAGUCUCUGGUGGCGGGAGGCGCGGCCUCACUGGUGGCCCAAAGCAUCACGGUGCCCAUCGACGUGGUGUCCCAGCAGCUGAUGGUGCAGGGUCAGGGCUGUCAGCUCACACGCUUCAAACUCAAGCCCAAGUUAGUGAUGGCCACGUCCAAACACAAAGUGACAUUUGGUCAAAGCAGAGAUGUUGUGGUUCAGAUUUUUCACACGGAUGGAUUUCGGGGCUUUUAUCGUGGAUAUGUGGCGUCGCUCCUCACCUACAUACCCAACAGCGCCGUCUGGUGGCCAUUUUAUCACUUGUAUGCAGAGCAGCUCUCCAGACUGGCUUCUGCUGAUUGUCCGCACCUCCUCCUGCAGGCCGUGGCGGGACCGAUGGCUGCAGCUACAGCCUCCACCCUCACCAACCCCAUGGACGUGGUCCGAGCCCGAGUACAGGUUGAAGGUCGCUCGUCUGUGAUGGAGACGUUUAAGCAGCUCCUGGCUGAAGAGGGCAUGUGGGGUCUCACCAAGGGUCUGUCUGCACGCAUCAUUUCCUCCACGCCCACGUCAGUCAUGAUCGUCAUCGGUUACGAGACACUAAAGAGACUCAGUCUGCGGCCUGAACUGGUGGAGAGCAGACACUGGUGAAAACACACAUACCUCAGUCUUUUAAACAGAUGCCUUUUAUUAUUUUCAUGUUUUAUGAGGACCAGGCAAUAAUUGGCGCUCAAAUGUGAAGUUAUAUUUCCUUUGACUUUUUUGUGGAUUUUGUAUCCUGUUGUCAUGAACUCGUCCGGCCCGAACUAGUAUUUUGUAACGAGACGUCAUAGAUCUCGUUUGUUCUUUUCGCCCGGAAUGUGUUUGUUCAUCGGCGGUUUUGAAGUGAAAAUCAUUUUGAAAUGGUGAAUUUGACACUUUCUUGUGAAUCUCAUGCAGUGCUCUUCACGUCAUCUGACAGGAAGUGAGAUCAUCACAUCUGUUACAUGGUAGGAAGAAUGAGAACAUGUAUAGGCUUUUCACACUUGAAACCCUGGGUCAUGUUAAACCCUAACAAAUUAUUCGGAAUAGUCAGUUUUGUCUUAUUUGCAUAUUUACAUGGUUAUUAAUAUUGUUUGGACGAGUGUCUUCUGAAACACACUAAAUAGUCUAAUUUAUUACAUAUUUAGUCGUGGUUUUAUAUUUUUAAGUAUUGACCUCAGACACUUGAAUAAUGUGUAAAAGUAAAUAUGAUGAACAGUAAAUAUUUCACUGUGCUCAUGAAUAUUUAAUGAGGCGAAAAUUGACUAAACAUGUAACUAACAUUUCCAUCGUGCUCAUGAAUAUUUAAUGAGGUGAAAAUUUACUAAACAUGUAACUAACAUUUCCAUGGUCAUGAAAAAUCUGGAAAUAUCAGUGCAUAUUAAAAUUAACAAGGCAAUUAAUUUUGAAAUUCAUACCUGGAAAAUGUAAAAAAAAAAAAUUAUAGUAAAUAUAAAUGUACUAAUUCUAUAUUAAGCUCAGGUCUUAAACAUUUCAUUGGCCUGAAACUGCUCUUCAAGUGUAGUUACUAUGAAAUGAUUGUACAAAAACGACUGUAAAAUAGUGUCAAUUAAUUUGAAAAGUGGCCUUUACCCAGGGUUAAACAAUGGUGUGAAAAGCCUUGUGAGAAAAGUUAUAAAGCAUCAUGUUCUGCAGAAUAAUAUUUCAGUCUGAUUGAAUCUUCUUUGGUUUGUCAGUGUUUUUAUCAUGGCCUUGUCUUUGUUUUUCUGAAGGUUAGUGUUUUGGGGCCAAAGCUUUUACAGUUUAAAUGUUUUAGAAAUGCGUUCAUAUUUGAAAUGUAACUGCCAUAGUAAUUUUUUUCUGUAAGAUUGUUUCUAACUGGAUCUUAGUGUCACAAUUAAGAGUGAAUUAAAUGAACCAAACAAGAAUGAAACCAUUUGGGAUUUUUUUGUUUCUUCUAGAUUUUCUCACAUGCUCUACAAAGGGUUCAGCAUUCAAACAAGUUCUGCUUUGGAUCUUUAUGUAUUAUAAUUCAUGUUUACAUGUCUGCUAUAACAGUCCAAAGCAAGGACUCUGAAUUGGUGCAGUAACAUUUGGUGUCCUGUAGAGGGCGGAUAGUGAUUAGCAAAGCCAUGUGUGCACUCAAGUCAUGUGAA